AUGAAUACGUCUCCCGACUAUGCCCAACCGGGCCCAAACCAAUUUCACCAUGGCGCGCCCUCCAUCUAUAGUAGCAGUAGCAGCAACGGCGUUGGUGGAGAGGUCCCAAUCACUGCACAGCUUCUGCGCGGCCCGCCGCCGCCUCCUCCGCCUCCGCCAACGGCCACGGCCACGGCAGCGACAGCAGCAGCAACAACGACAACAGCCGCACCUUCUGCCACCGGAGAACCAAAACAGUCUGGCCCAACCGUCCCGGCCGCAUGUCUUGCUUGUCGCUCCAAGCAUCUCAAAUGCGAUGGUGGUAACCCAUGCGCACGCUGUCAAGCAAGCGAGUCAAUAUGUCAGUACGUAGCCUCGCGGCGUGGGUACAAGGGACCCAGGAGAAAUGGAACCCAGAACCCGAACAAGAGGCACGCUGCCGCAUCUGAUGAUGGGUCACCAAAUUCCAAUGGCAGUAAUGAGUCGUGUCCCAUGUUACUGGGUGCAGGCGUCGCAACUCCAGCAGCACCCAGCCUAUCUGCCUUCAAUCCGGGUCUCGGAAUACCAGAGACGCCCAUGUCAACCAUUGGGGCUACUCCCAGCUACUCUGGCCUCCAAAUAUACAGACAACCAUACCUGGAUGCGAAUGGGGCCCUGGUUGACAUCAACCCACGAAAGGCGCCGCAGACAAUAGCGGAGCGCUGUAUCGACUCAUUCUACUUCCACUUCUUUCCGGGCCACCCUUCUGUCUUGCCAAAAGACUACCUGCUGCGGAUCGCCGAGCAAAGAAAUAUCGAGCAUCUGCUAGCAGCCAUGAGAUGGGCCGGCUCGCUAUACUUUGAAGUCGGACCUACCCGUGCAACCUUUUUCGAAGAAGCCAUGCGUCUCAUGUAUGCCAAAGACGUACCAAAGGAUGGAUUCCUCGUACAAGCAAUGCUCAUUGUUUUGGUCGGCUUGGAUGGAAGUUGCCAGCAAGAGAGGGCAAGAGACAUACUGUCAGAUGCGGAGCGCAUCGCGAUUGAAAUUGGUCUCUUCCAGAGAUCGUUUGCAGCCAUACACGGACAGGGUAUACCGGUGAUAGAGGAGAGCUGGCGACGGACCUGGUGGGAUCUCUUUGUUGUGGACGGCAUGGUUGCUGGCGUGCAUCGACAGACCAACUUCCUGCUCUUCGACAUUGUUGCUGAUGCAGGACUUCCGUGUGAAGAGCAUCAAUAUCUCGCAGGGACGAUUCCGCGACCAUUGUACCUUGACGACUUUGAUAACGAUAUCUUCAGCGGCGAGGAGUAUGAGUUCUCCUCUUUUGCUUAUCGAGUUGCAUCCAUCAGAAAUCUUGGGCGCAUGAUGCGUCUCCCAGAGAGUGUCUUUCCUGGUGAUAAUAAUGUGGACCGGGUGGAAAAUUUCCUGUCCAAUUGGCGUAUGCAUCUGCCGGCCUCAAAGCGGGAUUGCCUUAACAAGGACAUGAAGCUAGAUGAGAUGAUGUUCCAGGCUUGGAUGAUCAACCACGCUUGCUCCAUCAUGCUCCAUCAGCCACUCUCACAGCUAGACUCUUCGCCUGCACGUGAUGUAACUUCGUGUGCGCCAUAUCAAAUGGUCCGUAGUGGCGACACUUUCAACACCCACACACGGCAUAUAGUCACCGCGGCGGCCGAGAUUAGCAAAAUGGUGACCUACGCUGUGCCAAUAACGUGUCAUACGCAUUUCUUCACCUGUGUUCUCACGCUGUCUUCGAUUGUGCAUCUGAGCAAGUGGGCUCUCUGGUUUGUGCAGAAUGAUGACGACCUGCGGCAGCAGAUCCGUCUCAACAUUGGAGCUCUGAACAAGCUGAGCACGGUGUGGUCAGCAGCAUCGCGGGCAUCCGGUCAAGUCAAGGGAGUUGCGCAGGAAAUCUUCCGCUCCAAGAAGGCUGCUCAGCAAAACAAUGCUUCAUUCUGGGUCGGCUUUACCCAGGAAGAGAUCAUCAGCAGUAUGGCUGCUGACGAGACAAUCAUGAGCGAAAUCAACACAAUGCUCGAGCCCGUGACAACAUCGGGGUGA